CGUGUCUAUUCACGCAGCGGCCACCAGACUCUCGCCCCAUGUUGCGUCUUUGCACAUCGGGCCGAGCUUUCCGACUUGCAACGUGCUUUAGGAGCACUCUGCGGGCAGGCAUGUCGGGCUCACCUACCCCACCUCCCUCAGCGGAGGCUGUGGGGACCGGGGGCUGUUUCCCCCCCGGAUACAAGCCAUUUAAACCCGAGGAACACGGAUUGGAACGUGGGUUCCGUCUCACUGCUUUCUCGGAGCUGAAGGGAUGAGGAUGCAAGGUCCCGCAGGAGGUUCUGCUCAAACUCCUUGCGGGACUGGAAACGGACCGAGGUGACGGGUCAGGGAAGACUGGCGACCAGGAUUCUGAGUUCGGCCAACAGUUGUCUGGACCCCGGCUUGGUAUAGGGAUGGACAGUUGUGUGAUUCCAUUGAGGCAUGGAGGUCUAUCGCUGGUCCAGACCACUGACUUCUUCUACCCUCUGGUAGAAGAUCCAUAUAUGAUGGGAAGGAUAGCCUGUGCCAACGUUUUAAGUGAUCUCUACGCUAUGGGCAUCACGGAGUGUGACAACAUGCUGAUGUUGCUGAGCCUCAGUCAGAAGAUGAAUGAAAAGGAUCGUGAGCGAGUGACACCGCUGAUGAUUAAAGGGUUUCGGGAUGCAGCAGAGGAGGGAGGGACAUCAGUGACGGGGGGUCAGACAGUCAUCAACCCCUGGAUCAUUGUUGGAGGUGUUGCAUCAGUUGUCUGCCAGCCUAAUGAAUUCAUCAUGCCCGAUGGAGCUGUACCAGGUGACGUCCUGGUUCUGACCAAACCCCUGGGGACCCGAGUGGCUGUAAAUGCCCACCAAUGGCUUGAUCAGCCUGAAAAGUGGAACAGGAUCAAGCUUGUUGUCACCAAAGAGGAAGUCAAAGAGGCGUAUUAUGAAGCCAUGUUCUCCAUGGCAACGCUAAACAGAACAGCGGCAGGCCUAAUGCACAAGUACCAGGCCCACGCUGCGACGGAUGUGACUGGUUUUGGUUUGUUGGGGCAUGCCAACAACCUGGCAGCACAGCAGAAGAACGAGGUGGCCUUCGUUAUCCACAACCUACCAAUCAUAGCCAAGAUGAGUGCUAUCAGCAAAGCUUGUGGAAACCUGUUCAAUCUGCUGCAGGGCAGAUCGGCAGAGACUUCUGGUGGGCUGCUGGUGUGCUUACCCAGAGAGCAGGCUGCCAAGUUCUGUUCAGAGAUGAAGAGCCUCAACUCAGCUCAGGGUGCCUCAAAUGGAGCCUGGAUCAUUGGGAUCGUAGAGAAAGGCGACCGCCAGGCACGCAUAAUCGACAAGCCUCGCAUCAUUGAGGUGCCACCACGAGGAAGCCAGGGAGCCAAUCAGGAUAACAGCGCCACCAACUCGGACCCAAAUAGCUAUUUGUCUUAGACGAUGCUGCUGCCUCUGACACUACUCUGGUGUGUGUGUGUGUGUGUGUGUGUGUGUGUGUGUGUAUGUGUAUGUAUGUGUGUGUGAGAUUUGUUCAUCUGAAUAUUUCAGUCAAACUGGUGAACGAACCAGUUUGAACCAAAAUGAGUGUCAUCGGGUGAAAUGAGGCUUACCAUUUUAUAAUAUGAAUUAAGGGUACGUUCUAACUCCAUUCCUUUAAUUUAGAGCUCAACACCUUCAUGUUUCCAUCAUUUCUUUACGUUUUAUUUAAUUUUUGGGAUGUAUUAAAAUAAAAUGUUGAACAGGUGAUGUGGAAAAUAAAUGGAUAAUCAAUCCUGGUAUCUGGUUCUGCCCACUGAGCUCACUGGAAGGCUUGAGCAGCUUCCUCAGAACAGCUGGGCAGUGUCCAAGAUUUCUGCCUCUGACAGCUAAUUGGCCAUCCAACAUGGAGUCCCUCCUUUUCCUGUUUUAUGAAGCUCUGCUUUUCAAACCCAAGCACAGGGCCUGGCAAGGUGGAUGUUUGCAGAAUUAGAGGUGGGACUUGAACUGCUGGAGGUUUAAAGCUGUUUGUAGAUUUUUUUGCUUUUCACACUCAAUAAAACCAUCAAAACUCCA